UUUCCUGAAAACUCCUCUUACUCUCACAGGACUCCUCUGCAUUUGGCCUGUGCAUAUGGCCGUGUGGAAGUGGUCACUCUGUUGGUGAGCAGAAAGUGCCAGAUUGAUAUCAAUGACAGACUAAGCAGGACCCCUUUAAUGAAGGCUGUGCAUGGUCAGGAGGAGGCUUGUUCCAUUAUUCUGCUGGAACAUGGCGCCAAUCCAAACAUUCAAGAUGUCUACGGCAACACUGCUCUUCAUUAUGCUGCAUCUAACAGCGUGACUUCACUGGCAGAAAAACUGCUCUCCUACCAGGCAAAUAUUGAAGCAAUAAACAAGGUACAGGUCAAUCAACUUUCUUUUCAAAAUAAUUGUUUUAAUAUUGACAUAGAAAUGACAAUCAUAGUUGGUUUAUACAAGGCUUUCAGGAACUGGCUUCUGCCCAAAUCUCCAUCUGCAGCCUUUUCUCUGUCUGCCCUUUUAUCUGGCAUUACUGAGCUUCUGGAUUUUCAAAGUCAUGGAAAAAAGAAGGAUGUCAUGUAUGAAAAUUGCAUGUUGAAGAGAGAUACUGCCAUACUCAGACGGAAAUUAUACACAAUAAAAAAUGCCAGUCUCAGAAAGGAAAAGAAACGUAUUCAGGAAAUUAAAAGUAUCCAAGAAAUAAAUGCUAACUUUCAAAAGAGCGUAAGACUCAAUGAGGAAAUGAUAACAAAAACAAUAUCACAGUAUUGACAACAGCUUAAUGAACUCAAAGCUAAGAAUAAGAGGCUGAAUUCAGAAUUGGAGAAGGAAAAACACAUCAAGGACAGAUUGGAAGCUGAAAUUGCAUCCCUCCAUUCCAUCCUGGCUGCUGCUGUAAAUGGGCACAAGGAAAGGGUGAAAACAAAAUACCUACAAGUUGCUUUACAGAGAGCACAAGAUGUUUCUGUACAAGAAAUAAUGACUUCUAAUAUUUCUCAACUAAAAGAUAAGAAUGAGCUGCUUACAGGACAAUUUUCUAAAGCUCAGAUGAAGUGCAAUACCUUAAAAGAGAAGCUCCAUGAGACGAGAGAUGCUCUCAGGGAAAAGACAUUGGCUUUAGAAAGUGCAGAGAGGGACCUAAGGCAAAAGCAGCAUCGAAUAGAGGAAAUGGAGCAGAUGCAUCUAAAUGAGGAAGCUAAACAGAGUCAGUUCAUUGCAAAGCAGAACUGUGUAGAGGAGAGAAUACGUCAACUAGAACGUGAAAAUCUCUUGCUUGAACAACGACUAGAGGCUGCUUGUAAGGAAGGCAAUAAUGAAAAGAUAGUAAUUAAUACUCAAGGAGGCUGUCUUGAGAGUGGAAAAGAAGGCCUUCUUCUAGAAGAGAAAAAUAAAGAAUUGAUGAAUGAAUAUAAUUAUUUAAAAGAAAAACUGUUUCAGUAUGAAAAAGAAGAAGCAGAAAUAAAAGUGAUUGUGAGACACCUUCAAGAAGAACUGGCUGGUAGCCUUAAAAAAGUGUCUAUGCCAGAGUCUCCGCUGGAAGAUUCCCAUAUAAGUGAGUUAGACAUCAGGCAUGGACUUGUUAACCACUUUGAUGUCUGCUUGGGAUCUGAAGAAAAGGAAGAAUUAAGAAAACUUUUUGAGUUAAUGUCAUCACUGGAGCAUAAUGUGGAUCAAAUAAGAAAGAAAAAUAAUGAAUUAGAAGAAGAGACAACUGGAUAUAAGAAACUCCUAGAAAUGACAAUAAGUAUGUUAAAUGUAUUUGGAAAUGAAGACUUCAGUUUCCAUGGAGACUUAGAAACAAAUCAACUGAAAAUGGAUAUUCUGAUUAAGAAGAUAAAACAGAAGCUUGAUGAUCUUAUAGCAGAGAAGGAAGCUGUAUCUUCAAAAUGUAUCAAUUUGGAUAAAGAAAAUCAAGUUAUUCAACAGGAAUUGUUAUCUAUGAAAAAAGUACAAGAGAAACGUGAAAAACUUGAGAAGGAUAAAAAGAUGUUGGAAGAAGAAAUAUUAAAUCGUAAGACACAUAUGGAAGAAAAUAUGGUAGAAGUUGGUGAAGUACAAGAAUAUAAAUUGGAGAUUCAAGAAAAGGCAAGGCAGGCAAUAGAAAAUUUAGAAGAAAUCCAUUUACAGAAACAAGCAGAUUAUGAAAAACAAUUAGAGCAGCUAAACAAGGAGAAUACAGCUUCACAAAAUGAGAUGGAACUCAAGAUUAAAGAUGCGAAAUAUAAACUCUCCAAAAUAAAAACUGCUUACGAAGAGGUUACAACCGAAUUAGAAGAAUAUAAGGAAGCAUUUGGAGUAACAUUAAAAGCUAACAAUUCCAUGUCAGAAAAAAUACAUGAAAACAAUUUUUACAUUAUAAUUGUUUACAACAGAUCGAAGAAGAAAAUGACAGUGUUCAGCACCAAGCUCCUUAUGGAGAAAGAGAGGAUGAAAUCUUGUCUCAGCACUCUUCCUACGAGGCCAGGCCCAAAGCCACCUCAUGUUGAAAAUCUUAAUAGUAUAGAAUGCAACAGAAAAUAUAUUCCUGAAACAUCCGUAAGAAUUCCUACUUCAGACCCCCAGACUUCAAAUAACUGCGAGAACUACUUGACAGGUUAGUUAUAUUACCUUUUCUUUUUUGGGUUUCAUUUCUCUAAUAUAAUUCUUAUUUUUAGUUUGGUGAAAUAUUGAGUUUUUCUGUUGACUUAUAC